AUGACACAACCCGUAGUUGUUCAGUCACUCCAAACUCCAUUUUCUAUCGAACCAUAUGACAAAAAUAUCAAAUGGAGCCGUUGGGUUGAUAGAUUUGAGACUGCGAUUGCCCUUUUUGACCACCCUAUUGAAAAAAAGGUCAAAUUGCUCCUCCACUACAUGGGAAGUGAAGCAUACAACGUUCUUUGCGAUAAAGUGUCACCAGACAAACCAUCAACCAAAUCCUAUGACGACAUCAUUAAAACUUUAUCCGAGUUCUUCGACCCAACUCCAAAUGAAAUAUUGGAAAACUAUCGCUUCCAUUUGCGAAAACAGCAGGACGAAGAAACCUGUGAAGAAUUUCUGAAUGCACUUAGGCGUUUAUCAAUUGGGUGUAAGUUUGGUUCAUACUUACAAACCGCUUUACGAAACCAAUUUGUAUUUUGUCUAAAAAAUCAACGCAUUCAAAAUCGGCUUCUAGAAAAAGAACAACUUACUCUAUCGUCAGCACUAGACACCGCCAAGGCCAUAGAGGUAUCAGAAAAAGGUGGUGCGGAGUUACACAAAGAGAAAGAAUUGACAUCUGAUGUGAAUUUCGUAAAAGAAAAUAACAAAAAGAAAAAAAACACUUGGGAAAAUAAAUCAAGUAAAAAUCCAAUAAGAACAUCGUCAUCGACGAAUUUUGUUUGUUAUCGGUGUAACAGCACGGAGCAUUUAGCAACCAAAUGCAAGUAUAAAAACUCAAUGUGCUCAUACUGCAAUACAAAGGGGCAUCUACAGCGAGCUUGUUUUAAGAUGAGACGAAAUGGAAGAGGAGCUACAAAUCAAUUAGAAGAAGAGACCGGUGCCGAGAACAUUUGUGUUGAUGAAAUCUGCCACAUAUCAGAUGAGCUUUUGCAAAUCGACGACCCAAGCCAGGUAACACUUCGUUUCAAAAUGUGUUGCGAACUUAUUGUUAAUGACAUUCCUUUUAUUUUUCAAAUAGAUACUGGGUCACCUGUAACUGUUGUCGGUCUAUCAGAUGCAAAGAAACAAUUUGGCAAACUUCAUUUACAAGAAAACGAUACGGAGCUGGUUAGUUUUUGCGGAAAGAAGCUGGAAUGCUUUGGUUAUGUUAACGUCAAGGUUAAAACAAAGCAAAACGUGGUUAACCUCAAAAUGUACAUCGUUCGAUCGCAACGAAACCCUUUGCUGGGUCGUGAAUGGCUUCGACAGAUCAAAUUAGAUUGGGGUCAACUUUUCGAAAAACAAUUAGAUACAGUAAUGCAAAUACAACAAGACAAAGCUAAAUUCUCAGUAAUUGACGAACUAGUUAAUAAGUACCCUAAGGUAUUUUCCAAAACAGCAGGAAAAAUCACAGGAAUACAGGCACGGUUACAUAUGAAAGAAAAUGCCUCCCCGAUUUUCAUCAAAGCGCGUCGCGUGGCAUUUCCAUUAAUAAAAGCGGUUGAAGAUGAACUGGAGAAGUUAGUGGCAAGCGAUAUUUUGGAACCAGUGGAUACGUGUGAGUGGGCUACACCGAUAGUUGCUGUUCGCAAGCGAAAUAACCAAGUUCGAAUCUGUGGCGAUUAUAAAGCCACAGUCAACAAAUUUUUAAAUAUCGAUGAAUAUCCGUUGCCAUCAAUUGAUGAACUAUUCACCUCAAUGGCUGGGGGAAAAAAAUUUACAAAAAUCGACCUGUCCAAAGCCUACUUGCAGUUAGAAAUACACCCAGAUGAUCGUGAUUAUCUAACGUUGAGCACCCAUAAAGGGUUAUAUCGGCCUAAAAGAAUGAUGUUUGGGAUAGCGUGUGCACCAGCAAAAUGGCAACGGCAUAUGGAGCAAAUUUUGAGUGAUAUCCCAGGUGUAAAAGUGUUUUUAGAUGACAUAAAAAUCACAGCGGAAAAUGAUUCGGUUCACUUACAGCGUUUGGAAGAAGUACUUCGAAGAUUAAAUCAUUACAAUAUGCGAGUGAAUUUGGAUAAGUCUGAAUUUAUGGUAGAUCGUAUAGAAUAUUGUGGGUAUAUAUUAGACUGCAAUGGAAUUCAUAAAAUGAGAAGCAAAAUUGACGCGAUACAAAACAUGAAACAGCCAAGCAAUAAAGACGAAUCAGAUGUGAUAUUAGCCCAUUACGAUCCAAAAUUGCCAUUAAUACUGGCAACAGAUGCUAGUCCAUACGGAGUGGGUGCAGUUCUCAGCCAUGUCUACCCAGAUAAGAGCGAAAGGCCUAUUCAAUACGCAUCACAAACACUAUCAAAAGUUCAACAAAAAUACAGUCAAGUGGAUAGGGAAGCAUACGCGAUCAUCUUUGGUAUUAAAAAAUUCUACCAGUACGUGUAUGCUAGGCGAUUUACUUUAGUCACUGACAACAAGCCAAUAUCCCAGAUUUUUUCACCACAUAGAGGACUACCAACACUUUCAGCUACACGUAUGCAACAUUAUGCAAUUUUUCUUGAAUCAUUUGACUAUGACAUUCGGUAUAGAAAAUCAAAAGAAAAUGCAAAUGCCGAUGCAAUGUCACGUUUACCUGUAGCAGAAAAGUACAAUGCCAUUGAGGAAAUCGAUUUACUUGAAGUUGACGCCAUCACGAAAUUGCCUGUUACAGUGGAUCAAUUAAGCAAAGCAACUGAAAGAGAUGAGCAAGUUAAAACUUUAAUAAAGGCAUUGUAG